GUUGCGAACGCAGUCGCUUCUACCAAAAGUUGCGAACGCGGGAGACAUGCAGAUGAGCGCGUUCCGCUCGGGGAGCACGGCGGAGGCUGGAGAGGGGCUGGGUUUAAACAUUAUUGUACAGCGGGGAGUUCAGUCUGCGCGGGGACUGGGUUCCGUUUGCGUUCUUUCAGUCUAGCGUAGAAAGCUCUGAAUGAGACGAGCGCGUGCGGAUGUCGGGCACGAGGCAGCAACUCAAACUGAGUACGGCGAGACGGAAUAAGGGCACACUACAUUGGUUGAGAAUGUCCUGUAUCAUGAAAUGAUAUUCCGUAUUACAGUAAUUACUUCGUAAAUGUCAGAUGUAGAUGGAUGCAUUACACUGUACUAAUAGUACCCAAAUUGAAGCAGACCAAAUAUCUUUUCCUAGUUGCCUGCUGAAUGGACAUUCAGGGGAACAAUGUUGAACAGUGCCAGUGGUCAAAGCCGUCAUCUGAUUUAGAAUAGGAUAUUAGUAUAAAUUUAGAUGGAUUUAAACUAGAACGCGGUCCGGAGGAAGAAAGCGUUCUCCUGAAAUCUUACUGAAAUGAUGAAACGCUGCUGAUUUUCCUGAAAGAACCAUGUGAGGACCGUGCGACAGGGUGUCAGAGUUUUAAAGAGCAGAGCCGGACGCUGUCCCGUCCCGCGAACCCCUCCUGAAGCUCCCCCCACCUCCCCGCGCUCCUCAGCGAGGGACGCCGGCGGUAUGGCGGGCGGGCCUGAUUUUCGGCGGGGUCCGUCUCCCCGCCCGCGGGGACGCUUGGGGCUCCUGGCGCUCUGGCUGUCGCUCCUGGCCGCCCCGCUCCCGCGUGUCGCGGCCGGCGGGAGCUCGUUCCGCGGCUUCCGGCCCGAGCGGCGGGACUGGCCCUUCAACCACCUGACCGUGCACCGGGCGACGGGCGCGGUCUACGUGGGCGCGGUCAACCGCGUCUACAAGCUCUCGGCCAACCUGACGCUGCUGGUGUCCCACGACACGGGGCCCGAGGCCGACAACAAGGCCUGCUACCCGCCCCAGACCGUGCAGCCCUGCGCCGAGCCCCUGGCCCCCACCGACAACGUCAACAAGAUGCUGCUGGUGGACUACGAGCGGAGCCGCCUGCUGGCCUGCGGGAGCCUGCACCAGGGGGUCUGCCGGCUGCUCCGCCUGGAGGACCUCUUCACCCUCGCCGAGCCGUCCCACCGCAAGGAGCACUACCUGUCCAGCGUGGACCGGACGGGCACCAUGUACGGCGUGCUGGUGCCCCGGCCUGGGCGGGACGCCACGCUGUUCGUGGGCACGGCGGUGGGCGGGAAGCAGGACUACUUCCCCACGCUGUCCAGCCGCAAGCUGCCGCGGGACCCCGAGUCGUCGGCCAUGCUGGACUACGAGAUGCACAGCGACUUCGUCUCGUCGCUGGUGAAGAUCCCGUCGGACACGCUGGCGCUGGUGCCGCGCUUCGACAUCUACUACGUCUACGGCUUCGCCAGCGGCGGCUUCGUCUACUUCCUGACGGUGCAGCCGGAGACGGGCGAGGGCGGGGCGGGCGUGGCGGACGGCGGCGGCGGGGUCGGAGGCGGCGGAGGCGGCGGCGCCGACCUCUUCUACACCUCGCGCGUGGUGCGCCUCUGCGAGGGCGACAACAAGUUCCACUCGUACGCCUCGCUGCCGCUGGGCUGCGCGCGGCGCGGCGUGGAGUACCGCCUCCUGCAGGCCGCGCACCUCGGCAAGCCGGGCCGCGCGCUCGCCGCCGCGCUCAACGUCAGCGCCCGCGACGACGUGCUCUUCGCCGUCUUCUCCAAGGGCCAGAAGCGCUACCACCGGCCGCCCGACGACUCCGCCCUCUGCGCGUUCAGCGUGCGCGAGAUCAACGCCCGCGUGCGCGAGCGGCUGCGCUCCUGCUACCAGGGCGAGGGCCACCUGGAGCUGCACUGGCUGCUGGGAAAGGACGUGCGCUGCACCAAGGCGCCUGUCCCCAUCGAUGACUCCUUCUGUGGGCUGGACAUUAACCAGCCCCUGGGGGGCAGCCAGCUGGUGAGCGGCCUGGUGCUGUACGCGGAGUCCAGGGACCGGCUCAGCGCCGUGUCCUCCUACGUCCACGCCGGCCGCUGCGUGGCCUUCCUGGGCACCCGCAGCGGCCGUCUGAAGAAGAUCCGAGUGGACGGCGCCCCUCAGGGCGGGGUGCUGUACGAGACUCUGUCGGUCUUCAGCGACGGCAGUCCGGUCCUGCGCGACAUGGCCUUCUCCCUGGACUACAACUUUAUCUACGUCAUGUCCGAGAGAGAGGUUGCGCGCGUCCCCAUCGCGUCCUGUGAGCAGUACGGCACCUGCAGGGAGUGUCUGACCUCGGGCGACCCCCACUGCGGCUGGUGUGUCCUGCACAACAGGUGCUGCAGGAGGGAGCUCUGCGCUCGAGCUGAGGAGCCCUUCCGUUUCGCCGUCGCCGUGGGCCAGUGUGUGAGGAUGAGCGUGUUCCCCAACAGCGUGGCCGUUUCCCAUCCCAGCAUUCCGCUCCUGGUCACCGUCGGCAACGUCCCCGACCUCUCCGCGGGGGUCACCUGCUCUUUUGGGGACCUGAUGGAGGUCGAGGCGCAGGUCAGGGGAACCCAGAUCACCUGCGUGUCUCCGCCCCCCAAGGAGGUGCCCCUCAUCCCCGCUGGCCGAGACUGGUUCAGUGUUGAGCUGAAGCUGAACUCUGUGGAGACGGGCCAGAUGCUGGCCAGCACAGAGGUCAAGUUCUACAACUGCAGCGUCCACCAACUGUGUCUGUCCUGUGUGAACAGCGCUUUUCACUGUCACUGGUGCAAGUACCGCCACGUCUGCACCCACGACCCCAGCAGCUGCUCCUUCCUGGAGGGCCGCGUCAACGCGUCCAAGGACUGCCCCCAGCUGGUGCGCUCGGGCGGGAUCCUGAUCCCGGCGGGGGAGGUCCAGCCCGUGACGCUGCGGGCGCGGAACCUGCCCCAGCCGCAGUCGGGCCAGCGCGGGUACGAGUGCGUCCUGCACAUCCAGGGCCAGCGCCAGCGCGUCACCGCCCUGCGCUUCAACAGCACCAGCGUGCAGUGCCAGAACACCUCGUACAUUUAUGAGGGGAUGAAGAUCAGUGAUCUAUUGGUGGACUUCUCCGUGGUCUGGAAUGGCAAUUUCGUCAUUGACAAUCCGGAGAGAGUUAAAGUGCACCUGUACAAGUGCGCGGCGCAGCGGGAGAGCUGCGGGGCGUGUCUGAAGGCCGACAGGAAGUACCGCUGCGGGUGGUGCAGCGGGGACGGCGGGGAGGGCCGCUGCACGCUGCGCCAACACUGCCCGCUGCCCGCCGCCGCCGCCAACCGCUGGCUGGACCCGUCCGACAGGAGCGUCAAGUGCAUCAACCCCCACAUCACUCAGGUGACGCCACUGGCCGGUCCUCCGGAAGGGGGCACUCUGGUGACGAUUCGGGGGGUGAACCUGGGGCUGUCCCUCUCCGAGGUGGUGGGGAACGUGCAGGUGGCGGGGGUCCGGUGCGCCCCCCUGGAGGACUCCUACGUCGUCGCCGAACAGAUCGUGUGUGAGAUGGAGGCCGCUCCGCUGCAGAGCAGGCCCGGGCCGGUGCAGCUGUGUGUCGGGGAGUGCCGCCCAGAACUCCGCGCUCGGUCCUCCCAGCUCUUCUCCUUCAUGACGCCAGCAGUGAAAGGGCUGUCCCCCGGCCGAGGCCCCGAGUCGGGGGGCACGAAGGUGACCGUCCUGGGGGAGAACCUGGCGGCGGGGAGUAACGCGGAGGUCAAGUUCGGAAAUCAGACCUGCGAGUUCUACGGGCGGACCGCGACGGAGAUUGUCUGCGUCUCCGCCCCCUCCCUGACCGGUUUGGGCCCGGUGCCGGUCUGGGUUCGAGUGGACCGGGCCCAGCUGAAGGGGAACCUGGCCUUCAGGUACAUCGAGGACCCCACUGUCCAGCGGAUCGAGCCAGAGUGGAGCAUCACCAGCGGCCACACCCCUCUGACCGUCACCGGUACCAUUGACGUGGUGCAGGAGCCGCGGAUCAGGGUGAAAUACGGCGGCAGGGAGUCCGUCAGCGUGUGUAAGGUGCUCAACACCUCCACUCUCAGCUGCUAUGCCCCGCCCCUGGGGACGGAUUACCUGGCGGGGGCGGAGUCUCUCAGGCACGCGGACGAGCUGGGCUUCAUCUUUAACAACGUGCAGGCCCUGCUCACCUACAACAGCACCAGCUUCAUAUACUACCCCAACCCCGCCUUCGAGCCCCUCAGCGCCUCCGGGGUCCUGGAGCAGAAGCCUGGCUCCCCUGUGAUCCUGAAGGGCAGGAAUCUGGUGCCCCCAGCGUUGGGCGGGGCCAGGCUCAAUUACACGGUUCUGAUUGGGGACACGCCCUGCUCGUUAACCGUCUCCGAGACUCAGCUGCUGUGUGAGCCGCCCAACCUCACCGGCCAGCACAAAGUCCUGGUCCAGGUGGGCGGGCUCCACGUCUCCCCCGGCACGGUGAGCUUCCAGUCGGACAGCCCGCUGACCCUGCCCGCCAUCGUCAGCAUGGCGGUGGGCGGCGGCCUCCUCUUCGUCAGCGUCGCCCUCGUCCUCCUCGCCUAUAGGCGCAAGUCCCGCCAGAACGACCUCACUCUCAAGCGGCUGCAGAUGCAGAUGGACUCGCUGGAGUCCCGCGUGGCGCUGGAGUGCAAGGAAGCCUUCGCCGAGCUCCAGACGGACAUCAACGAGCUGACCAGCGACCUGGACCGCGCAGGUAUCCCUCACCUGGACUACCGCACCUACGCCAUGCGCGUGCUCUUCCCCGGGAUCGAGGACCACCCUGUCCUGAGGGAGCUGGAGGUGUCGGGGAACAGGCAGGUGUCGGUGGAGAAAGCCCUGCGGCUGUUCGCUCAGCUCCUCAACAACAAGGUGUUCCUGCUGUCCUUCAUCCGCACGCUGGAGCUGCAGCGCUCCUUCUCCAUGCGCGACCGCGGCAACGUGGCCUCGCUCAUCAUGACCGCGCUGCAGGGCCGGCUGGAGUACGCCACCGACAUCCUCAAGCACCUGCUCUCCGACCUCAUCAACCGCAACCUGGAGAGCAAGAACCACCCCAAGCUGCUGCUGCGCAGGACAGAAUCUGUCGCCGAGAAGAUGCUGACGAACUGGUUCACGUUCCUGCUCCACAAAUUCCUGAAGGAGUGUGUUGGGGAGCCCCUGUUCAUGCUGUACUGUGCCAUUAAGCAGCAGAUGGAGAAGGGCCCCAUAGACUCCAUCACUGGAGAGGCCAGAUACUCCCUGAGCGAGGACAAGCUCAUCCGCCAGCAACUCGACUACAAAACUUUGACCCUGCGCUGUGUGAGCCCCGAAAACGAGAACAGCCCGGAGGUCCCGGUGAAGGUGCUCAACUGUGACACGGUGACCCAGGUGAAGGAGAAGAUCCUGGACGCCGUGUACAAGAACGUGCCCUUCUCCCAGAGACCCAGAGCCGUCAACAUGGACCUGGAGUGGCGACAGGGCCAGUUGGGGCGUGUGGUGCUGCAGGAUGAGGACAUCACCACAAAGAUCGACAACGACUGGAAACGACUCAACACCCUCAUGCACUACCAGGUUUCGGACUGCUCCGUGGUGGCCUUGGUGCCCAAGCAAACGUCCUCCUACAACGUCCCGCCGCUGGCUAGCAUCCCGCGCACCAUCAGCAGAUAUGAUUUGGCGCUGCGCUACGCCUCCGGCAGUCCCGACAGCUUGCGUUCGCGCGCCCCCAUGAUCACGCCCGACCUGGAGAGCGGGGUCCGGGUGUGGCACCUGGUGAAGAACCACGAGCACGGCGACCAGAAGGAGGGCGACCGCGGCAGCAAGAUGGUGUCGGAGAUCUACCUGACCCGGCUGCUGGCCACCAAGGGCACGCUGCAGAAGUUUGUGGACGACCUGUUCGAGACCCUCUUCAGCACGGCCCACCGCGGCAGCGCCCUGCCCCUCGCCAUCAAGUACAUGUUCGACUUCCUGGACGAGCAGGCCGACAAGCACGGCAUCCACGACGUGGACGUGCGCCACACGUGGAAGAGCAACUGCCUCCCGCUGAGGUUCUGGGUGAACGUGAUCAAGAACCCGCAGUUCGUCUUCGACAUCCACAAGAGCAGCAUCACGGACGCCUGCCUGUCGGUGGUGGCCCAGACCUUCAUGGACUCCUGCUCCACCUCCGAGCACCGGCUGGGCAAGGACUCGCCCUCCAACAAGCUGCUCUACGCCAAGGACAUCCCCAACUACAAGAGCUGGGUGGAGAGGUAUUACGCAGACAUCAGCCGCCUGCCGGCCAUCAGUGACCAGGACAUGAACGCGUACCUGGCCGAGCAGGCCCGGCUGCACUCGUCCGAGUUCAACAUGCUGAGCGCGCUCCACGAGAUCUACUCCUACGUCGGCAAGUACAGCCAGGAGAUCUUGGCGGCGCUGGAGCAGGACGAGCAGGCCAGGAAGCAGCGGCUGGCCCAAAAGCUGGACCAGCUGAUCGGGGCCAUGUCCCUGGAGAGCUGAGAGAGAGAGGGACAAGGAGAAAGAGAGAGAGAGAGAGGAAGAGAGGAAGGGGGAAAGAGGAAGUGAACCACACCGAGCAAGCUGAGAGACGCUGAGAAACAGACGGGGUCGCCCCUGCUUCUCUGAAGACCUGUCUGACUUGUCUGACUUUGAAACGCUGAACCGCUUCUAAAAGAUGGCCGCUCCGGGCUCUGCUUCGUGAGGUCUGCGGGGCAUCUGCGGUCGUUGCCAUGGAGACGAGGGCACCGGAGGAGAGAGAGAGAGAGAGAGAGAGAGAUGCGGAACAGGCUUCCAGAGGAGUCACAUGAUGUCCUCUCUCGGACAGUUUAGGGCCUGGAGCGGCUGUCUGCAGAACUCCUGACGACGAGACGAGGGGGAUGGGACGAGGGAACUCUGAUCUCUCUGAGGGAGCCUCAGUCUUCACAGAAAUAUUUCAGUGCUGAAACAGUAUUUCAUGCUGAAUUCUUUUUUUUUUUCUUCUUCUAAAUAUCUUAUUCUCAGCCACAGCCGCAGUGGGGCUCACCCCGAGCUGAGAAGUGUCGCAGUGCUGUGGGUGUGAAGCCCCUCGAGGAGUUCUAUCUCUGUGUCUGCCCACUAUAGCAGCAUGGCUGCAUAAAUUCAAAUGUACAUUAAUCAGCGUGAGACCUCCUCUAAAGUUGUUUGGAAAGAUCUUGGAAAGGAUCACACCUCCACCUAAAAUAAUUCCUGGAAGGGGGGCCAAUUUUGGGGCGUGGAUUUGGAUGCAUUGUUCUCUUCCCUCUGUGCUCCAAGCCAGCCUUCUGGGGGGUAGGGCACACUUUGAAAGCACUCCUUUAACCCUUUUUGAGGUGUGAGGUCACAGACGUGUGAUUGGAAUGUUCUUAACUGAACAUUCUAACGCUGACGUGCAUAACAAUCGCUGCUGGCGACUGAAACGACGGAGUUCUAGAACACUGAAGACUUAGGAUGUUGAAAAAAAAAAACAACAUUCCUAAAAAGUCCUGCUCUUCAAAGGCUUAAACAAGCCUAUUGGGAUGUGAAGGGUGCAGAGGACUGAUCGGGGGUAUCUGACAUGCGUCCACUGUGGGGUGCCUCUGCUACAGGCCACAGGCAGAGCGCCCCCCUCUCUGCUUAAAAUGUUAUUGUAAGUUACCACGUCGUAGUGUGGAGGAAUAAAGCGUCUUUAUUUAUUUGCAGUUGAACGCACGCAAUGCUGAGUGAAUUACUUCAGCGGACAUUGCUUGCUUACCCAAACAGCCCUCUUCGAUACGCUCCUCAACGCAUGCCAUUCGCGGUCAUUUUGGACCUUUAAGCUUGUAACAGUGCCAAAAAGUUAUGCCAUGUUGUAAUCUGUACCAUUUUAAAGCAUCAAUAUUUAUUGAGAAAAGGUCUGCAUCUAUAUGAAUGGCCGGGGACUAUUCUUGCUUUGUGAACAGUCGCGCAUCAGUUCCACCGUGGGGUGCUGUGGUUCGGUGUCCUCUGUAAUGGAGUGGUGUUCACGUCGCAGCGUGCUGUGUGUGACGGUAUUGUCGUCUGUGAUAAACUGCUCUUGGAUCGCGAGUACUGGUCAACGCUCACAGCAGCAUAUGUGUCCGUGUGAGUUUUCCCCACGUUCUCAUUGAAAAAGAAACAGCCGUUUUUUUUCAAAUGUGUAUGUGAUUUCCCGUUGAUAUUUUGCUCUUGAUGGUCAUGUCUUCCACAAGCAAAGACAUGUUGUGACAGUUUUCUUUUUUGCCUGCACUGUCAUAUUUUGUGGACAAGCUGUGGAAUUAUAUUUUCUAGGUGUGUGUCCUAGAAAGCCCAAAGGAAAUUUAUUUCGUCAAAUUAAAAUUAAUCUCCAGCACUGCACAGGGUCUUAAUAAUGAAAUGAACGGCAUUGUGGGUAGAUUUUAAUCAGUUUCUAGACUGGCAGGGCCAGCUGUGGUGCUCCAGUAACCGUGGAGACGCUGUGCAGAUGCCGUGCUGUCGAUGUGGAUUGCCCUAGGGGUUUCCCCAUCUCACAUUGGGCACAGUGAGGUGUUCUUAGAGGUAAAAAAAGAAUUAUUUACAUUUAUAUAGCACUUUCCUCGAAGUUCAAAGCGCUUUUUUUUUUUUUGUUACAGUGAUGAGGGGGGAACUCACCUCAGCCACCACCAACGUGUAGUACCCACCCAGGGGAUGCACGGCAGCCAUUUUGCACCAGAACUCUGAUCGUACAUUGGCUGUGGUGGAGAGAGAGAGGGAAUGAUUUGCCAGUUAAACUGGAGGAAGAUUAAAGUGAUGGGUUGUGAAAACCAGGGUUUUGAAUUUACCCAGGUGUACUGAGAGAGUGUCAGACUAGUAGUUCACACGGAUGCGCACAGCAAGAAAUGAGCAUUUCAGCAACCAGAUGCCACCGGACACCGCAUGCCUGGUCAUUCAAGCACUCGACAAGCUGGGCUGGCUUUGGCAUGUGUGCUUUAAUACAUAACUCACGCGUAGUUCAUGGUUAACCUCACAGACGAUUCUUAAAACUAGUUGAAUGUACAUUGCGUCAAAGACAUACUCAUGAAGGUGAUAUUGGUGGGAGAAUAAAUUUUUAAAGGUGUUUGUAUCCUGAUUUUGGGUUUACGGAUUCUCACGGCAGUUGGUGUGCAGUUAUUAUAAUUCGUAUGUCCUGUUCCGUCCCGUCCUCACUGUUUCACCCUCUGCCAAGCGGAAUAUGAUUAAACCAGUCAAAGGUCCUGGGGAUGUGGGUCUUUUUGACAGUGUUUGAAAAGUGUUUUUAUUGAGGGAGAAAGAAGCGAUCUUUUAACUCUGCUUUUUUUUUUGAAAAUCCCUCUUAGAAACAUGAGGAUAUGCAGUAGGUGGGAUGAAAACCUGCAUACCUUUCCAUCAGUCUCUGUGCGCAACCUUUCGAUGCCUUCUGCCUCUCUCUUUCUCUCUCUCUCUCCUCUCUCAUCUUCCUCCUCUCUAACACUGAGGAGGAUGGAGGCAAACCGUCAGCCCGUCACUCUGAAUAUACCUCCUCUCCGCGUUUCACUUCAAAACUUUUCACUUUAAAACUUGAGAUUCUGACGUGAUUUAAAAUCACAGAAUGUUUGUUAACAUUGAUUUCCAGUUUUCAAAAAAAAAAAAACAUGGCAUGCUAUUAGUAUUCAUAGUAGAAACUGGAAGUAAAUACAAAUAACCAAGAUGAUGUUCCAUGAUGUCUGUUUUUGUUUUAUACUGGACGUGUUGUGAAAGUUGUAAGAAACUGAAAGUAUUUUAAUAUUUAUUUUGCUUUUUAUGACAACACAUUGUGUACCUAUUGUAAAUAUUGUAUGAAGUAUGCUCAUUUUGAAAGCCAGGGAUUUACUGUGUGUUGUUGUUGUAUAUGAAUAAAUUUUUACUGGUUAAAAAUGAAAGUACAGCCAAAAUUGUG